GCCAUUUCACAAAAAAAAAAACAAAGAGAGAGAGAGAGAAGGCGCAGCGCGCAAGGAAUCCGCCGCGGCGGCGAUGGGCUUGGGCUCCCGCCCCGCCUCCACCUCCACCGGCGGCGAGAAGAAGGGGGAGGAGCGGGUGCUGAGCCACGGCGACGCCGUGCUCAUCCGCUCCGACCUCGCCAUCCUCCGCGGGCCCCGCUUCAUCAACGACCGCAUCAUCGCCUUCUACUUCGCCCACCUCUCCGCCGGCCUCGGCGACGACCUCCUCCUGCUCCCGCCCUCCAUCCCCUACCUUCUCUCCAACCUCCCCGACCCGGCCUCCGUCGCUGCCAUAGCGGAGCCGCUCCGCCUCGCCUCCCGCCGCCUCGUGCUGCUCCCCGUCAACGACAACCCCGACGCCUCCGUCCCCGAGGGCGGUUCCCACUGGACCCUCCUCGUCCUCGACAACACCACCAGCCCAUCCGGCCCCCGCUUCGUCCACCACGACAGCAUCCGCGGCGCGCCCAACCUCCCCGUCGCCAGCCACCUCGCCGACACGCUCCGCCCCCUGCUCCUCCAGAGCGAUUCGAGGAGGAGGGGCGCUGUGCCGGUCGUGGAGGGGCCCACCCCGAGGCAGCCCAACGGCUACGACUGCGGCGUCUACGUCAUGGCCAUCGCCAGGGCCAUCUGUGGCUGGUGGAAGAGUGGCCAUGGCGGCCACCGGGGAGGGGAUUGGUUCGAGGCGGUGAGGACGGAGGUGGAAGCCGACAGUGUCGAGGCCAUGAGGGGCGAGCUGCUGCAACUAAUCACCACCCUCAUCCAAGACAAGGCCAAUGCCAGUUCAGCAUCCGAGGGCAACAAGACAAGCAACACUGAUUGAGGUUCAUUGUUGUGUCUCUGUAAGAUCGAUAGGGACGACACGCAAUAGCUUACCUGAUAGUACACUGGUUUCUCAAGUUUGGUUGCUCUUUUUGAUCUUAGUCAAGGGGUUUCUUGCUGUAUCGGCUUCUUUGCGAAGAGGAAGAACAAGCAGAGCAUACACACUUGUGUAAGCAAAGUUUUGGAAAAUCACAUUUGUCCCUUUUGUGAGUAAAGUUUUAGCAAAAGCCUGUUACAAAUCGACAAAUAUUGCCAAUGAUCAUUGAUCAAGAUAUCACAA